AUGCAAUUCCCAUGGAUUCCAGAAGAUAUAUCACUAGAUGGAGUUAUCAAAGUGGAUCCAUGCUGUGGCCCAAUUAUUGUCUCGCCUCAUGGAAUGCGUGGGAGGCUUACCGGAUGUUGCCCUAGUGACCUUGUGAAGCAAGUGUAUAUCAGUUCUGGCAAGUUCAGAGCUUCAAAUGGAAUUGUAGGUCUACCGUACCAUGUUUCUCAGGGUUCUGGUUGUCUGCUGAGGGGGCAAAAUUGCUAUGUUGAAGUUACCGUUGGUUGCCAGACCCCUGGAAAUGACAUGAUGUUGCAACAGAACUCAAUUACUACUAAAUUUUUUCCCAAGCAUCAUAUUUCUGAAAUCCCUGCAGUAGCUCGAGGUAUGCACAAGGUGUCACCUGAUCAAUGUUCAGCCUCUGAUAGAACAUUUAUUUAUCCGGUAGAGACCGUGCUUGUCCCCGUCAUGCAAACUUCUUUUGCUAGAUCUUCUUUGAAAAGAUUCUGGCUACAAAAUUGGUUGGGGCCAUCAUUAUCUGGGUCAUCCUUCUUUAUGCAUGGUUUCGGUCUCAGUGGUGAUGGCAAAGUAGAUUCUGCAGAUGUAUCUUGGCUUGACCACACUGGCAUUCACUCUCAGCGUGGUUAUCACAGCAGUAGCAAUAGUAAUAGUAGUAGUAUCAGCACCAUAGGUAGUACCUCUAGCGAUAGCGAUUACAAGACCUCAGGAGGGGGUGACCUUGAGGCGGAUGCUGAUUCUUUAACAUGCAGACAGUCUGGUUUAUCUUCUACUGAUCAGUGUCGUAAUGAUGGUCUCAAAACGGGUUCUAAGCGACCUCGAGAAUCAUUUGGUCAAGCGGGUGCAGUUAUAAAUCCACCUAUGCAAGAUGCAUAUGGGCCCAUCAAAGUUAAUACUUCAGCCAUUACAGCAGUUGCAAAUGAGCAGAUUGCAUCUCAUUGGGAUUGGGAUGACGACGACAAAGGUGUGGUUAUAGAUAUCCAAGCUCUUCUGUCAGAGUUUGGAGAUUUUGGUGACUUCUUUGAGAAUGAUUCUUUGCCUUUUGGGGAGCCCCCAGGAACUGCAGAGUCACAGGCUCUUAUGUUUUCGGCACCAGAAUGUGGAGAUGUAGGUAGCAGCCCCUCUACUAUGAUUAUAGAUGUGUCAGAUCAAAUGCUUUUGCCAGUAGGGUUUCCAUCCUUCGAGAGCUUUAAUUUACCCCCUCCUCCAGCAGCCAUGGAGGAGCCACUGAGCAAAAACCAAGAAGUCACGAAGAAUGCUGUAACUUCUGGUCCAGUUAACUACACUCCACCGUCAUGUAUUGGUGAGUUUGAUCAUUUGGUGAAAGCUGAAGCACUGAUGACAUUUGCACCAGAAUAUGGUGCGGUUGAAGCUCCUACAAGUGAGUUCUCCCCAUCCAUAUUCAGAAGCCCAUAUGUUCCAAAGUCCCGGAAAGCGGAAACUGUAAUUUCAAGCUCAAACAAUUAUGUAUAUUCUGCAACACCACCUUUGUCUCCUUGCCUCAGUGGAUCAGAUGAGAAGCCUGGCACGGCUGUACAGGAUGCAAGUGCCAUUUCCCACUCAAGGAAAUAUUACACUCAUGUUGAAAGUGGAAAGGAGCAUCAUGAUGGAAGAUUAUCUACUUGUAACAAUGGCAUUGCAACUCGUGAUGGUGUGACUCCAUCUGCGUUCUCUGGUUUUAAUUCUUCAAAUGCUGUCAAUUCAGUCCACAGAAAAACAAAUGAAGGCGCAGUAGGAUCAGAUAAUCUCCUUACAUCUAUGAAAACUGUGCUUGCAACUGAACUUGAAUGCAUCAAGUUCCAGGCUUUUAUGUGCAGGAUCCGACAUACACUGUUUUCUUCCUGCAACCCCCUACCUGUUGGCUUGAGUAAGUUUUCUGGAAGCACUGUUCUGAAUCAGCUGCAUGGUGACCCAAGCAUCGUGACAGACAAUGUUUCUAGUAAAUUUGAUGUGAAGAAGAAAGAAUCCAUUCCUAUUAGAAUAGCUGGUGACAUUGAUGGAGGAAUGCUAGAUGGCCCCCUGAAUGCACCUGUUGGUGUCUGGCGCUCUGUUGGAGUUCCUAAAGCUGGAAAACCUAACACACCUAGUAUGGAAGUUUGCCCAUCUUUGCCUCAUAAUUCAUUCAACGAGGAGGCUAUGCUCUCUUAUAGACACAAGCAACCGCUUCAGGAGCUUCUUCAUGGCUUGGCAUUACUUGUCCAACAGGCUACUUCAUUUGUUGAUGUGGCACUGGAUGCUGAUUGUGGUGAUGGUCCUUAUGGUUGGCUUGCAUUACAAGAACAGUGGAGGCGUCAAUUUUCCUGUGGACCCUCUAUGGUCCAUGCAGGUUGUGGGGGAGUUUUGGCUUCUGGUCAUUCCCUAGAUAUUGCUGGUGUGGAGCUAGUGGAUCCACUUUCAGCUGAUGUAAGCUUCUUUCAUUUUUCUAUGGAAUGAUUCUUCUUCUCUUUACUUUUGACCUAAUGAGCAAGGGAAAGUAACAUUGUUUAUUUUUCCUCGGAGCCAUGUCAUCCUGCAUCUCUCUUUCUAUCAGAAG